AUGGCGUCUACGAAGCUCAUCAAGUCUCGAAACAUGCCGAAGCCGGCGGCCAAGAAGCCAACCGGCCUCCUUGACCUCCCUCUCGAGCUGCAAAUCAUGAUCUUCAAGCGUGUCCUUGACGAACCCAUACUCUGGGAUCGUCAGCACCGCAACGGGUGCCGCUUCCGCCCUACUCGAACCAACGUCAUGGCCCAGCCGCCCUUCAUGUCGCAGCGCGUCUUCGUCGACGCCGAGUACGCCCUCCACUGCGGUCCCUACGACGCCCCCAAGGGCUUCAGCCUCGCCGAGACCUGGACCGCCUGCAAGUGCGCCAAGCGUCGCGGCGUGAACCUUUUGGCUGUCAACCGCCACAUCUUCUGGGUGGCCCGGCCCCUCCUCUGGUCCAAGACCACCUUUUGCUUCUUCGACGCCACCGAGUUCGCCGCCUGCAUAGCCGUCACGACGCCAGGCAGCCGCGGGCUGAUCCGCUCGGUGAGCGUCCAGACUUUUCGAGGGCUCGUCGGCUGGCAGGACUACCGCGUCUGCCUGCGCAGCAAGUUCCCCGACGGCAGGGACCGCCCCAGUGGCGUGUUCCCGUACAAACAGAAGUGCGUGAAGGCGAUGUGGAGGGCACUGCUGGAGAUGCCUGAGCUCGAAAAUCUGGGCAUCCCAUGGCAGUACUUGACCACUGAGGUCUUCGACAGCAUGGAUGCCGCUCAGCUUGUCCAGUCACAUCAGUACUUGGAGGGUCUGGGUGAACUAGAAUUGACGCAUUUCGGUUUGCAUGGUGGCAAUUUGGACCCCGAUGACGAGCCCGGAGACUUCUGGGUCGAGCUUUUUGAUGGCAAGUGCUUGUCGUCAUUGGCUGGCUGGUCUCAUCGCGUGCAGUUGGCGCCCUGGCUCAAGCAAGAGGCCGCGCCUGGCGCUCCUGGCGCAUACCCGCCUCCUUUCCCCGAAAACCUCACCAGCCUGCAAGAGGGUGUCGUCGAGGACUGUGAAGAAGAUGUAUACGCCGAGGUCAGGAACCAUGUAAUGGUCCAAGACCACAACACCUUCAAAGCGCGAGGCAUUUGCUGGACGCGCCCUCGCGAUGAUAUCCUUGCCAGCGACGGACGUCUCGACCUCGAUACUUUCCAUGGACAGCUCAUUUCUUUUAAACUCUACAACAUGCCUCUGAGCAAGGAUGCCUGCGAGAAGCAGAGAGCGGCACGAGCAGCUCGUUUCGAUGAAGGGGCUGAGUGCGGGAAGCAGUCUCAUCGCGGCAGCCGGAGACGAAGCCCGGAGCUCAGUCUCAUCAACUGCUUUGACCGCAUGUGCAUGGACGAGUACAACUAUUCUACCCGAGGGCUCACUCCAAACACGCCUGUCUACGAAGAGAUCAUGGCCCCUGCUGUUGCGGCAAAGCCGGUCAAGAGCAAGCGUGUGCGGGUCAAGAAGAACCGUCGCGGUAGCAAGGGAAAGCAGGAGUAG